GAAACAUCACUCACUUAAAUCAAAGAAAGCAAAGACAUUUCGAAGACUGAGACCAAGGCAAAAUCAGGAUGCAGAUUGUUGCAAAGAAUGUGGAACGUCUUUCCACAAAGGUAUUUUAGUGAAGAACAUGCAACAGCAGAGAAUGGAAACUCACACCAAAAAUAGAAGCCAGAAUCCUGGACAGAGCUGUUGCAGGGUGUGUGGAAAGUCUUUCAGAUAUAAACGCUCUUUUCUGAAACAUGUGCUAAAGCACGAGCAGAGCACAGAGCUUUGUGGGGUUUGUGGAAAACAUCUUGAUUCUGAUGAGAGCUUGAGGUUGCACUUACAGACCCACGAUGAAGAAAACAGCUGUAGGGAUCAAACUGUUGUAGAUGAGAAACAGUCAGAGGUAAACUGUUCUGAAGCUGAGAGUGAAGCAGAUGAGAGUGAUGAGGACUGGCAAGGAAGCAAAGCAUCUGAAAGUGAAGAUAGUGAUAGUGAUAAAGAGCAGACCACAGAAGAAUCUUUGUGUGAUAAGUCUUUCUGCUAUAGGGCCUCUUUUUUGAAGCAUGUGCAAGAAGAAGAGAAGGAUGCUGAUCUUUGUGGUGUAUGUGGGAAAAUCUUUGAAUCUGAGGAGAGCCUGAGGCUGCACUUGCAAACUUACGUUAGAACAAAUGACUGUGAAGUCUGUGGAAAGCAUUUUGACGGUCAUAGACAACUAGAAAUGCACAUGAGAACCCACACGGGAGAGAAACCAUACGUUUGCAGUGUGUGCGGCAAAGCCUUUGCUCAAAAUGGAAAUCUGAUGGGACACAUGAGAGUCCACACAGGGGAGAAACCAUAUGUUUGCAGUGUUUGUGGUCAGGGUUUUAGCUUUAAAGAAUAUAUGAUGGCCCAUAUGAGAAUUCACACAGGGGAAAAACCUUUCCUCUGCAGUGUCUGUGGCAAAGGGUUUAGACAGAGAGGUACCCUGAAAACUCACAUGAUGAUCCAUACAGGAGAGUCAACACACAGUUGCAGUGUCUGUGACAAAAAGUUCUAUAAGAGCGGCGCUCUGAAAAUCCACAUGAGGACACACACAGGAGAAAAGCCAUAUCUGUGCAACGUAUGUGGGAAACGCUUCACUGCAAGUGGCUCACUGACCAAACACAUGGGCGUACAUGAGGGGGAAAGAGCACAUUGCUGCAGUUUAUGUGGCAAAGGAUUCUUACGGAAAGAGGACCUUAAAAGACAUGUACAGAUUCACAGGGACGAAACCGCACAGCUUACAUGUCUUUAAUGUUGUGUACUGUGCAAAAUGUGGUACCUAAAGAUUUAAAACUCAAAAAAGACUAAACAAGUGUCAAACUUUGCUUGUUUGACAAUUUACUACAAUGUUUUUCUACAGUGUAGAAUGCCAAGUGUCUUUGGAUGAGUAGAUGGAGUCGCCAGUGUUUUCUGGAGGCUACUAUUCUUUCCCAUAUACCUUUGGCCUUCCAUAUACCUCAAUGUUUGAUAAGAAAACCUUUUUGAGCCUGUCUCCCAAUUCUGUCCAGGUUGCCCCUGGACACAGUGUUAGUUUAUCAAAUGCCUUCUUUCCAAUUUAUCAUAUCUAUUAAGUGCUAGAUGAGAUGUGAUGGAUGUCACUUUUGGAUUCUUUUUGUUUGACCUUGUAACCCCAAGAAGCCCUGAGCUGACAUUUUUGACUUACGAGAAUAAAAGUUGCUGCAUGGGUUUCCUCCGGGGGCUCUGGUUUCCUCCCACAGUCCAAAGAUAUGUAGGUCAGACUUACUAAAUUGUCCCUAGGUGUGAAUGUGUCGGCCCUUUGAUGGCCUGGGGGCCUGCCCAGGGUGUUUCCUCAUCUUCCGCUCAGUGACUCCUGGGAUAGGCUCCAGCAUCCCGUGAACCUAAUUAGGAUAAGCAGCUUGGAUAAUGGAUGGAUGGAUAGAUGGAGAAUAAAAGUCUAAUCAUGAUACUAAUCAUAGAUUUGUACACAUGAAAAUGUUGCUGCAGGUAAUAUUUGUGUUCCAGAUUAUGCUUUUCAACUAUGGUUUUAACAGCUCCUCUAAUGGUCUGGAGAGCCCAGCUACAUAAUUUUGGUCUAUUCCAAUUUCUAUGGAUUUCUUUAAGACACAAACUCUGAACACAUAGUACGUCAACGUUUCAUGCUAUCAUAAACGAAAUACUCAAGGAAACCUGAUCAACAAAGCUCAACCAUCUAUAACAAAAGUUAACAUUUAAAGGCAAAGCAUUCUUUUCUAUAAGGCUGCUAAGAAUAGCAGUUCAGAGCUUGGGUCGGGGGUCAGGGAAUGGAAUAGUCAUAAGUAGGGGUGAAAAGACCAUAAAUGUCUUCUGAAAUUGAAUUCAGAUAUAAAACACUUAAAUGUUUGUUUUCCUAAAGAAAAUUACCCGUGACUACACUAGCUGUUUUUCAAUGUGUCAGAUAGAUAUGGUUCUUACAAAUAGCCAUUAACACAGAUUAAGCAAUUACAAGAAUAUGGUAAUACAUUUAUGGACAUGUUGACUUAAAGCUUUUUUUUUUCUAUCAAAAUGUUUAAUUUGUUAAUAAAGAAUAUUAUUAUAGUUCUCACAUAGAAUUAAUCAUAGUAUCUGCAUAGUCAUAGACUACGCUUUCUGGAUUGAUGACAUUGCAUAAUAAAUUGAAAAUAAUUUCAAAUAUUUGUUGUAACAGUAUCCUUCAGUCAUUCACUGCACCCUUUUACUUUUUGGUGAUACAAGUGGAAGUGUCUGAAUUUGUUGGUGCCACUCGCGACAACGACAAUACGCUUAA